UUGCCUUCCCCCCUUUUUUUGGGCCGAAUAGACAAAUCUUUUUUUUUUUUUUUUGAUAUUUCAGCGCGUAUGAAAAUAAUUUUUAGAAAUUGGAUGCGGAAAAACACAGAAUUUUUGGAUUAAAAAAAGAAAAAAACAAAAGAAAGCGAGAAAAAAAAAGAAGAGGACAAAAAAGAAGAAGACAAAAGAAAGGAGAAAGCGCGUAUAGAAAUAGCAGAAGCCUGGGAUAGUAUUUUACUUGCUCAAGUACUAAGAGGUUUUUUGUUAGUAACCCUAUCAAUUCUUAGAAAAUAUAUUAUAUUACCUUCAUUGAUAAUAGCUAAAAAUAUAGUCCGUAUACUAUUAUUUCAAUUUCCUGAAUGGUCUGAGGAUUUAAAGGAUUGGAAUAGAGAAAUGCAUAUUAAAUGUACCUAUAAUGGCGUUCAAUUAUCAGAAAAAGAAUUUCCAAAAAACUGGUUAACAGACGGUAUUCAGAUCAAGAUCCUAUUUCCUUUUAGUCUUAAACCUUGGCACAGAUCUAAACUACAAGCCCCUUAUAAUGAUCCAAUGAAAAAAAAGGAUCAAAAAAACGAUUUUUGCUUUUUAACAGUUUUUGGAAUGGAAACGGAACUACCUUUUGGUUCUCCCAGAAAAAAACUUUCAUUUUUUGAACCCAUUUUUAAAGAACUAAAAAAAAAAUUUAAAAAAUUGAAAAAGAAAUGUUUUAUAAUUCUAAGAAUUUUAAAAGAACAAAAAAAAUUGUUUCUAAAUGUCUCAAAAGAAACAAAAAAAUGGAUCAUUAAAAGCAUUCUGUUUAUAAAAGAAAUAAUAAAAGAACUCUCAAAAAUAAACCCAAUUAUAUUAUUUGGAUUUGGAUUGAGAGAAAUAGAAGUAUAUGAAUUGAGUGAAACUAAAAAAGAUUCGAUAAUUGGUAAUCGGAUGAUUCAUGAAUCGUCGAUUCAAAUUAUAUCUCAGGGUUGGACAAAUUAUUCAUUAACAGAAAAAAAAAUUCAAGAUCUAACUGAUAGAACAAAUACAAUCAUAAAUCAAAUAGAAAAAAUUACAAAAGAAAAUAAAAAAGGAAUUCCAGAUAUAAAUUUUAGUUCUAACAAAAUAAGUUAUGAUGAUAAAGGAUCAGAAUCACAAAAAAAUAUUUGGCGGAUAUUAAAAAGACAAAAUGUUAGAUUAAUCCGUAAGUCACAUUAUUUUAUAAAAUAUUUCAUUGAAAGGAUAUACAUAGAUAUCUUUCUAUGUAUCAUUAAUAUUCCUAGCAUCAAUACACAACUUUUUCUUGAAUCAACAAAAAAAAUUAUUUAUAAAUACAUUAACGAUAAUGAAGCAAAUCACGAAAGAAUUGAUAAAACAAAUCAAAGUGUAAUUCCCUUUAUUUCGACUAUAAAAAAGUCAUUUACUAAUAUUAGUAAUAAGAAUUCAAAGACUUUUUGCAACUUAUCUUACUUUUCACAAGCAUAUGUAUUUUACAAAUUAUCACAAACUCAACCUAUUAACUUAUAUAAGUUAAAAUCUGUAUUUCAAUAUAACGGAAUGUCUCUUUUUCUUAAGAAUGAAAUAAAGGAUUUUUUUGUUGUAACACAAGAACUAUUUCAUUCCGAAUUAAGACAUAAGAAUCUUCGCAAUUAUGGAAUGAAUCAAUGGACAAAUUGGUUAAGGAGUCAGUAUCAAUGUGAUGUAUCUCAUAUUAAAUGGUCUAGAUUAGUACCACAAAAAUGGCGAAAUAUAUUCAAUCAACACUGUAUGGCUCAAAAUAAAGAUUUAUGUGAUUUAUAUGAAAAGGAUCGAUUAAUUAACUACGAAAAAAAUUUCGAAACAGAUUCAUUACUGAAUCAAAAAGAUAAUUUUAAAAAACAAUAUAGAUAUGAUAUUUUAGCAUAUAAAUCUAUUAAUUAUGAAGAUAAGAAGGACUCUUAUAUUUAUGGAUCACCAUUACAAGUAAAAAAUAAACAAGAUAUUUUUUAUAAUUACAACACACAUACACAAAAAUCAUUUAAUAUGCCGGAAGGUAUUCCUAUUAUCCCUUAUCUAGUAGAAGAUGAUAUUAGAGAUAUGGAGAUAAAUCCGGAUAGAAAAUAUUUUGAUUGGAGAAUUUUCCAUUUUUGUCUUAAAAAUAAGGUCGAUAUUGACGCCUGGAUCGAUAUUGAUACUGACACUAACAGUAAUAAAUAUACUAAGACUAGGGUUAAUAAGUAUCAAAUAAUUGAUAAAAUCAAUAAGAGGGGUCUUUUUUAUCUCACGAUUCAGCAAGAUCAAGAAAUCAAUCUAUACAAUCAAAUAACCCUUUUUGAUUGGAUGGGGAUGAAUGAAGAAAUACUAAGUUGUCCCAUAUCAAAUAUGGAAUUUUGGUUCUUCCCAGAAUUGGGGAUACUUUAUAAUACGUAUAAAAUUAAACCGUGGGUUAUACCAAUUAAAUUACUAGUUUUAAAUUCUAAUAUAAAUGAAAAUUAUAGUAAAAACAAAAGCAUCACCGGAAAUAAAAAAAGGGAUCCUUUUAUAUCAAUAUCGGAGAAUUCAAAAAAAUCUUUUGAAUUAGAAAACCGAAAUCAAGGGGAAAAAGAAUACGCGGUCCAAGCAGAUUUUAAAUCAGCUCUUUCAAACCAAGAAAAAGAUGUUGAAGAAGAUUAUACGGGAUCGUACAUGAAAAAAAAUAGAAAUAAAAAGCAAUACAAGAUCAAUACAAAAGCGGAGUUUGAUUUCUUCCUAAAAAGGUAUUUGCAUUUUCAAUUGAGAUGGGAUGAUUCUUUAAAUAAAAAAAUAAGCAAUAACAUCAAAGUAUAUUGUCUCCUGCUUAGACUGAUAAAUCCAAGAGAAAUUACUAUAUCCUCUAUUCAAAGAGGCGAAAUGAGUCCGGAUAUUCUGAUGAUUCAGAAAGAUUUAACUCUUACAGAAUUGAUUAAAAGGGGAAUUUUGAUUAUUGAACCAAUCCGUCUAUCUAUAAAAAAUGAUGGAAAAUUUAUUAUGUAUCAAACCAUCGGUAUUUCAUUAGUUCAUAAAAGCAAACACCAAAUUAAUCAAAGAUACCGAGAAAAAAAACAUGCUGAUAAGAAUUCUGAUGAAGCCAUUACAAAACAUCAAAGGAUGACUGGAAAUAGAGAUAAAAAUCAUUAUGAUUUGUUUGUUCCUGAAAAUAUUUUAUCACCUAGACGUCGUAGAGAAUUGAGAAUUCUAAUUUGUUUCAAUUCUGAGAAUAGACAUAUAAAUGCAGCAUUUUGUAAUGGGAAUAAGGUAAACAGUCAAGUUUUGGAUAAAAGCAAAAACUAUAAAAAAAAACUUAUUAAAUUUAAGUUAUUUAUUUGGCCCAAUUAUCGAUUAGAAGAUUUGGCUUGUAUGAAUCGUUAUUGGUUUAAUACCAAUAAUGGCAGUCGUUUCAGUAUGGUAAGGGUACAUAUGUAUCCGCGAUUGACAAUGCAUUAAUAGUACAUUUUUGCUAUAUUUCCCAUACUAUAUCUGAUCUAUGACGACAAAGAGAUGCACACAUGCAUUGUCUUACAUUCCAUCGUUCCAUUCUGAUACACGAUACUAAUUCAAUGACAUAUCAAUUUGAUCUAGAAAUGAAUCAACAAAAUAUUAUUAUUUUAGGUCUAAAUUUUUAUCUUUUGUGAGUGCAGAAAACAACCAUCCUUUAUGUAUACCCUUUCAAAUCCAAAUAAAAUUUACAAAUUAAAAAUUUAAUUUUAUUAAAAAAAAUUCGAAAUUAAUAACAAAAUUAAUAUUUUUGUAUAUACAAAAUAAAAAUGAGAGGCAUUAUUAUUACUGAUCAAUAAAGAUAUCUAUCAAUAAAAAUUUCUUAAAAUAAAAAGAGGGGGGCGAGAAGAUUUCAUUUUAUGGUAAAAAAUUCAUUCAUCUCAGCUAUUUCACAAGAAGAAAAAGACGAAAACAGAGGAUCUGCUGAAUUUCAAAUAGUUAGUUUCACCAAUAGGAUACGAAGACUUACUUCACAUUUAGAAUUACACAAAAAAGACUAUUUAUCUCAGAGAGGUUUACGUAAAAUUCUGGGAAAACGCCAACGACUGCUGUCUUAUUUGUCAAAGAAAAAUAGAAUAUGUUAUAAAGAAUUAAUUAAUCGGUUGGAUAUUCGGGAGUCAAAAACCCGUUAAUUUGAAGAGGCAUUUUGAAUUAUUUGAUUUAUUAGAUCGUGAAUUUUAAUGAACUUUUUUUCGUUUUCAGCAAUUCAUGAAAGAAUGAAUCGAGGAAAAACCGAUGAAUAUACCAGCUACAAGAAAAGACCUCAUGAUAGUCAACAUGGGCCCCCACCACCCAUCAAUGCAUGGUGUUCUUAGACUCAUCAUUACUCUAGAUGGUGAAGAUGUUAUUGAUUGUGAACCAAUAUUGGGUUAUUUACACCGAGGGAUGGAAAAAAUUGCGGAAAACCGAACAAUUAUACAAUAUUUGCCUUAUGUAACACGUUGGGAUUAUUUAGCUACUAUGUUCACAGAAGCAAUAACUGUAAAUGGACCGGAACAGUUGGGAAAUAUUCAAGUACCUAAAAGAGCUAGCUAUAUCAGAAUAAUUAUGUUGGAGUUGAGUCGUAUAGCUUCUCAUCUGUUAUGGCUUGGUCCUUUUAUGGCGGAUAUUGGUGCACAAACUCCCUUUUUCUAUAUUUUCAGAGAAAGAGAAUUAGUAUAUGAUCUAUUCGAAGCUGCCACCGGUAUGAGAAUGAUGCAUAAUUAUUUUCGUAUCGGAGGAGUAGCGGCCGAUCUACCUCAUGGUUGGAUAGAUAAGUGUUUGGAUUUCUGCGAUUAUUUUUUAACAAGAGUUGCUGAAUAUCAAAAACUUAUUACACGAAAUCCUAUUUUUUUAGAACGAGUCGAGGGAGUAGGCAUUAUUGGUAGAGAGGAAGUAAUAAAUUGGGGUUUAUCGGGACCAAUGCUGCGAGCUUCCGGAAUACAAUGGGAUCUUCGUAAAGUUGAUCGUUAUGAAUGUUACGACGAAUUUGAUUGGGAGGUACAGUGGCAAAAAGAAGGAGAUUCAUUGGCUCGUUAUCUAGUCCGAAUUGGUGAAAUGAUAGAAUCUAUAAAAAUCAUUCAACAGGCUCUGGAAGGAAUUCCAGGGGGACCCUAUGAGAAUUUAGAAAUACGAUACUUUGAUAGAGAAAGGAAUCCGGAAUGGAAUGAUUUUGAAUAUCGAUUUAUUAGUAAAAAGCCUUCUCCUACAUUUGAAUUGCCGAAACAAGAACUUUAUGUGAGAGUCGAAGCCCCAAAGGGAGAGCUGGGAAUUUUUCUGAUAGGGGAUCAGAGUGGUUUUCCUUGGAGAUGGAAAAUCCGCCCCCCGGGUUUUAUCAAUUUGCAAAUUCUUCCUCAGUUAGUUAAAAGAAUGAAAUUGGCUGAUAUUAUGACGAUACUAGGUAGUAUAGAUAUCAUUAUGGGAGAAGUUGAUCGUUGAAAUGAUAAUUGAUACACCAGAAGUACAAGAUAUUGAUUCUUUUUCUAGAUUAGAGUUUUUAAAAGAGGUUUAUGGAAUUAUAUGGGUGCUUAUUCCUAUUUUGACUCUUGUAUUGGGAAUCACAAUAGGUGUACUGGUAAUUGUAUGGUUAGAAAGAGAAAUAUCCGCAGGGAUACAACAACGUAUUGGACCUGAAUACGCCGGCCCUUUGGGAAUUCUUCAAGCUCUAGCAGAUGGAGCAAAACUGGUUUUCAAAGAAAAUCUUCUUCCAUCUAGGGGGGAUACCCGUUUAUUCAGUAUCGGGCCAUCCAUAGCAGUCAUAUCAAUUUUAGUAAGCUAUUCAGUAGCUCCUUUUGGCUAUCACCUUGUUUUAGCGGAUCUCAAUAUCGGUGUUUUUUUAUGGAUUGCCAUUUCUAGUAUUGCUCCAAUUGGACUUCUUAUGUCAGGGUACGGGUCAAAUAAUAAAUAUUCCUUUUUAGGUGGUCUACGAGCUGCUGCUCAAUCGAUUAGUUAUGAAAUACCAUUAACUUUAUGUGUGUUAUCAAUAUCUCUACGUGCGAUUCGUUGAUACAUAGACAUAAACUUUUCUUUAUUCCUUCCUUUCAAAGAAAGGGUUGGAAUGAAUUAAGUAUAUGUAGAUAUCUUCAUUUUUUUUAUUCAUUAUUCGGGUUGAUGAACUAAAUCAAAUAGUUAUAUGAGUGAAAGAAAACAGCUUAUAUAUAAAUUCGCAGUAAAAAGAUUGAGUCUCAUUUUCUAUGUAUAAGAGUUAGAGAGUUAAGCGGAAAUAAACAUAAGCAGAAGCGACCGUUUCCCCCAAGAUCGGUUGAUUAGUCAUCCUGACUUGAAGCGGGCUCAAAAGAUCAACCAUAUUGAGUUUUCACUAUCAUUUGUAUGUAUUACCACAGGGGGGGGUUGAACAAAAACGAGUGGGUGGUUAGAAACACCAAGAUAUGUAAAGGAUUAGUAAUUGAGAUUAUGUAAAUUCUCCAAAAGGACAUUUUUACAUAAUAUACAAACAAAGAAUACUCAUUGGGGCUUUAAGUUGGUAGAAAUGAUCAGGCAAUACUCCCCACGACACGAUUCCAAUCCAGAGUAUGCUCCUAUCCACCGAUUA